UGAAUUAGCCAAAACAAGCAGAAAAGUGGAAAGCUUGAUCGUUCUGUCUGUAGAAUAACAAUAUCAUUCUACUCGUGUCAAGCAAAACAAAGCAUAUCCACCGAGUCCGACGCUUCGAAAACUUCUCCGUACGCAACUGUCAGCUGCAUGUUCAGUUCCCUUCUCUUAAUCAAACUCCAGAAGUCAAGAAUAGAAAUAAAAAUUAAAUGCACUUACAGGCAUUUCUAUGGUGUGAAAAAUGUCUACAACGAAAAGGGGAAGUAAUGGAGGAGAUGUUGAAUCUACAGAGCCACUUCUCGAAAAAUCCAGUCAGCCAGAGGAAGAAGAAGAAAUAUCUUCUCAGAACUACGGUCCUAUCGGUUAUAACCAUGAAGGCAGGUUUUUUCAGGAUAUUGCUUUCCUUAUUGUAUUUCUGAUUCUCGUUCUUUCGACUUUUGCAUUCGGAAUUUUUGCAAUUGCCCACAGAAAUGGAAAUUAUGGAAACUUGGAGUCCUACGUGUACUUUAAAAACUCCUCUAGUUGUACAAAAACAUCUUCUCUCAGCACUGAUCCAUUUGGUAGGGUUAGUACCCUCGGGGAUAAAAAACUAGAGUUUCAUGGCAAAUUAGGGUUUCAUUACAAAUUAGAGCAUUCUGGGGAAUUAGGUCUUAGGAAAUUAAGGUCUGAUGGUGAGAUGGGGUUUCAUCGAGAAUUAGGGUUUCAGAAGGUAUGGAAUGUGGCUUACGAGCAGUUAGUUUUUAUCAAAAAUCAUGCUGUUAUAGAGGGCACCAGGUAUUUACUGAGGGACAUUGUUUGGACACUUGUAAUAACCUUGGUUUUGAGUGUUCCCUUCAUAUUUGGCCUCUUGUGGAUUUUGAGAACAUAUACAAGACAGAUAGUGUAUAUCUGUUUGCCUUUCUUUGUUAUUUUGCCUAUUUUUAUCAACGUGUUCUGGUUUGUGGCCUGCACGCUGAGCAAAGAUUGCAAGGAAGCAAUUAAUCUUGCUCUCAGGAUUUUCAUCCUUAUUUUGAUUUUUGUGCUGAUUGGGAUCAUUGCCUGGAUCAUCUUUGCCAACAGGCAUAGGAUAGAGCUUGCCAUUAGAAUUUUGCAAACUGCUUCAGAAGGCCUUGCGAGGAAUAUCAGAUUGCUGGUUGUUUUGCCCAGCUUAACAGCUGUUCUUUGUGUAUAUUUUGUGCCUAUUAUAGUAUUUCUGAGCUUUGCUCGGCUGAAUGGCAAGAUCAUUCCUAAUCCCAAGGUUGUGGAGUCUGGUUAUGCAUGUGGGGUAAGCACUGGCGUUGAUUGUUGCUUGUGGAAGCAGGAUCGAUGGGUUCCAGCUUAUUAUGCAUUAGCCAUCAUUACAAUGAUAUGGUCUGCUACAACAAUGAUUGAAGCUCAAGUGUACAUUAUCAGUGGCACCCUUGCACAGUGGUACUUUCACAGGGCUGACUGCUCUCCACCUAGAGGCAUACGGAAUAGUGUCAGGAAUGCGUUUCUUCAUUCCUUCGGCUCUGUUUGCUUUUCUGGCCUUAUAUUUGGGGUUGUACGAAUUGUUCGAGCUGCUGUUGAUUCUGCAAGAAGAGAAGGGAAGGAAGGAGUUUUAUAUGCUAUUCUUCGCUGUUGUGUCAAUUCUGUACUGUGGACCAUUGAAUCUGUCAACAAGUUCACAAUUAAUUUUGCAGCAAUUACAGGAAAGAGUUAUUGUUCGUCUGCCAAGAUGUCUUAUGAGCUUCUAAAGAGGAAUCUCCUUUCAGCCGCUGUUGUUGAGACAAUAUCAUAUCGCAUACUAUUUGGAAUAUCAUUUGUUGUGACUGUUAUUUAUGCUAUUGUGGUAUGCGCAAUAUUGAAAGCUGCAACAUCACUUGGAGGGGAUGCCUAUUUUGUGAUGUUUCUUGCAUGGGCACUGCUCUUCAUGAUUCUUUUGUUCUUUACCCAUAUUCUGGAUAAUGCUAUAGAUACAAUAUACAUUUGCUAUGCAAUUGAUAAGGACAAGCGGGAUGUAUCAAAAUCAGAGGUUCACGGUGUAUUUAUUAUGCUCCCUGUUUCACGGAACGAAUCCUCUGUUUUUCCUCUACGAUAGUGCUGAAGAAGUAUGUCCAACAUGAGGCAUCACCCUCGAAUAAUGAAUGGUAUCAGUUCAUUUGGUUCAAGUCAAAUUAAACCAGAAAGUGAAUAAAACAAAAGUUUUCAGUUGGAAGACGUGUACAAAGUUUGGGCUGGAUGUAAUUCAUUUCAUGUGGGAACUCUGUAACCUAGUGAAUGCAUUACUUAUAGAUUUCCCAUGAUCUGACUUCCAUUAGUAUCCUAACACUGGAAUUAUUCACAUCUGUCAAACAACGGAGUCUUCUUCACUUCACUUGUACCGAAUGAGUUCAGAAUUUGUCUAUGGCCAUGGUCUGUACAGAUUCACUUCUCAACUGAUUUGAAUCCUGGUUUAUUUUCACAACUGUAAGUAAUUUAGGCUGCAUCAAAUGCUUAGAACAUGCCCGUGUAUGAUCUUCUGUUAAUUCUUUGUAAAAUAAAUUAUCAGGAAAGGUUUGUUCUUUCUUGAGAACGUUUACUCUGAUGACUAUGCGGUUACUAUUCUCAAUGUACAACAAAGUCUUGUCAAUUAUUUGUUAAUAAUGAUGAGUAUUUCUUGCAUUGUGCCUGACAA